GGAUAAGAGAGUCCUUCUGAAAAGAAAAAAAGUGCUAGAGAGAAGAUGGGGUACAAGGAAACCCAGGCGGAGGGUCUUCCUAUAUAGAAGCUCUGGGCACUGCAGGAUGGGUCAGAGGAGAGCUCUUGGCUUCACCAGACUCACUGAGACCCCUCCAGGGAGGACUGAGCUGUACGCCCCGAUAUGAAGCUCAUCACUGUGGCCCUGGUGUGCCUGCUGCUGGCUGGGAUGUGGCUACAGGAUGUGAACAGCAAGAGCAUGCAUGUGUCAUCCUCCAAUUGUUGCUUCAGAUUUACGGAGAGGAAGAUUCCCCUGCAGAAAAUCCGGUGUUACAGGAACACCAGCUCCACCUGCUCCUACAAAAACAGUCUAAUACUGAAGCUGAUUGGAGGCCAAGAGACCUGUGUCUUGCAGACAAAACUAUGGGUUCUGGUUUAUUUAAAAAGGAUAAACCUCUGCCAGUGGAAGGAAAUAUGA